AUGGAGGUCCCCAAAGGCAAGGAGACCCCAAUGGAGGAUCGGAGCAACGGCACCGGAAAAUCAGCCGGUUCUCCGAGAGGAGUCUUCCCUGAGCUGUGUUCUCCAUCUCCGGUCCGGCUGACCGUGUGGUGCAAGUCGCUGCUCUUCAAUGGUCAUGGCUACACAGUGUUCGACGAUUCCGAUGGUCGAAUGGUCUUUCGGGUGGAUAACUAUGCACAUAAUUGGAGGCAGGAGACGGUGCUCAUGGACCAGGCUGGGAACGUCCUCCUCACCAUCCGCCGGUGUCGAAAGAUUUUAAACCUCAUGGAGAGUUGGGAGGCCUACAAGGGUGAUAAAGAUGUUGUAGGUAUGGUUGGACAAAAGAAGCCCCUAUUUAAGGCUACAAAGAACUUGUGCAAUCCUAGUUGCACGGUAUCAAUGGUGUCCACCCAUGGAAUGGAGCCAUUAGGUUACCGAAUGAGCUGGUCGCGAGAAAAUGAAUGGUCCAAGAUUUAUCAAGCAGAAGCAAAUGCACCACUUGUUGCUGAGGUUAGUAGAAAAUAUGGUGAUUCCCCGAAGAUAUUACUCGAUAAAGAUGUUCUAACCCUGAGGGUGCAGCCUUGGAUGGAUCAAGCUAUAGCAAUGGCUAUGGUCAUGAUCACCAACUCAAUGAGAUGAUGGAGCAGUCCACAUGUACAAGGUAGCUUCUCUAGCUUGCUCGUGAUUGCCAUUAGACAAGAGCCAAUAACAUGAGCACUCUGAGAUAUUGAAGCACCUACACAUAGUUGAAUCUUGAGUAAUAGACUAGGCUAGAGGUAUGACAAGGACCAGAAACACCCCAAGACUUUAGUUGCACCAGUGGAUGUGCGAGUGUUCAAUUCUCUCUCUGGUCAUCAUAUAUAUAUAUAUAGCUGUGGCUGGAAUUAUAACUCAUGUGAACAGCCAUCCUAUUGUCAUCAAGGUUAUUAAUGAAAGAAAGGCAAACAAGAUUAUUAAU